AUGGCGGCUGCUGGCUGCGUCUUCCACAGAACCCUGACUCGGUCCAGACCCGCACCGAACAAGGCGUCCUCGUCCUCUGCUGUCGUCUGCAGGGAGUACCUGUACGUGGUGGACCUGCAGCGGUACAGCAGAGACCAGGGGUCCUCCGUCUACUUCCCCCAGGCUGUCCUCAACGGUGAUGACCUGUAUGACGUCACACUGACAGACGGGGACUGCAGGCUUCAGGUGACUCUGGAUCCCGGUCUGAACCGGCUGGUGGAGAGGCACGUCCUGCAGCCUGGAUCGAUGCUACGAAACGCCACCUUCACCGCCGCCAUGACCGCUCAGCUCCUCCCAGCAUGCCCCGGGGCGUCUGGAGAGACAGACAGCUACAGGCUGGUGAGUACAGAGGUCAGAGGUGGCGCUGCAGGCAACAGCGAUGGGGUCAGGACGUUUGAUGUGGACUGGGACUCUCUGCCCUGGUUUGGAUCCUCAGAACCUGCAGGUCCUGUGGUUCCUCUGAGAGCCAGUAGGAGCGUGUUCCUCCCUCUGUGGAACAGUGUGGACUACAGUGGGGAGCUGCGUGACUCCUUCCUGUCUGGUCACCGGGGCGUUACCAGGGGCGCCGUCCAGCAUCAGCUGAUCAUACGCAUCAUCAACAAGUCACACCUGAUGUAUUAUGGGAGAACAGACCGAAACUGUGAAUGUCCUUAUAAGGCGGUGUUGGAGGUGUGCGACCGGACAGGAAGUGUGUGUGUGGUGUUGUGGAACAGCGUGUGUGUCAGCUGGUAUUGCUGUCUGAAGCCUGGUGACAUCAUCAGCCUGAGACGCUAUCGAGUCAAACAGCACUACCUGGCUGAGACGGAUGAUAUCGAGAUCAGCGUCAACAGCAGAAAUCCUGCCGCACGGAUAUCUGUUCUCCCAGAAUCCUCCAUUUCACCUGAGUAUCUACCACCUGCACCCACCUACAGCUUCUGCAACAGUAAGGAGCUGCUGGAGCGUCCCCACGGCGCCGUGUGUGAUGUCAUUGGCCUGCUGACGUUCUCAGGACGAUCGGAGCGAAUCAGGAGCAAGGAGGGCCGAGGGGCGGAGCUUUUCGAGUAUCGCUGGCUGCGAUUGGAGGAUGGGACGAGCAAUCAGCCAAUCAUGGUGAAGCUCUUUUCCACGUCUCAACCUGAAACCAACUGCAAGCUCCACCCAUUGUCUGUGGUUGUUUGUACCAGACUGCAGAUGAUCAGAGCUGCUGAUCAAACUCUCGGCUGCUGCUACCUGACGAACACAACGUACACACAGGUGUACUGCACAGGACUGGGCCACCACUCAGAGAUGAGUUACCGUAAGCUCCUGCCGGUGCGACAGUUCCUCCAGUGGCUGAGGAGCCAGGACGACCAACAGAUGCUGAGCAGGGCUCUGAUUGGAGGAUUCUUCAUGUACCCGCCUCCUCCGGUCUCCUUGGAAACGUACAUGAAAGACCGGAGAGGUGAGCCAGGUUUCCUGCGGGGGGUGGAGCUUCAGAGGGAGGUGGAGAGGCUCUGUUACCGGGAACGAUGCACCUUCUGUAUCCAGGCAACAGUUACCAUGGUUACGUACAGCCGCAGAGGAGAGGAGGAUCGCUCUGUCAGUCAGCUGACGCCUCGCCGUGUGGACGUCAGAGCAGGGAGGAAGAGGAAGCAGCUGCUGCAGCCUGACUCUCCCAGGAAGAGACACCCGUGGGUGACAUUACAACCAGAACAAAACAAGUCAGAGAUUCUGUUUGAAGCCUCCAUGGAGUUCCUAGAAAACACAAACGCUGAUGAAGACGACAGCGACGAUGACGACACCUCGUCCUUCGUCACCGCUCCGCUCUCUCCAACCUUCCCGCCCGUCGCCGUAGAGACGCUACCGAUGCGUUAUGACCACACCCACAGGGAAGAGCAGGCUGUCACCGUGGCAAUGGGAGGAAGAGUGACACAUGAGGGGUUUGACUACGCCAUCGAGGACUACUACACACUGAGACUGAGAGCUCUGUCAGACGGUGUGUCGGUCCACGCCAUCUUCCUCCCUCAUUCUUCCUCUUCCUCCCUCUCUCCUCCCCUCCUCCCUCACGCCAACACCUGGACCUCCAUCUUAUCACACGGAGCCUUCUCUUCACACAAACCUCCACCUUCACCAGCUGACCUCAUCAGCAUGGCAGCCCAGCUGACCAAUCAGAGGCUGGUGUGUGUCCUGGAGGCGUGUCACCUGGGCGGAGCCACAACUGAACUCAUCCUGAGCCGAGCGUUUCACCUGCCUAACUGA